CUGGCGCUUUAAUAUUCUGAGUACUAGUUUUACAUUUCAAUUUCGUGAAAAGCGCUGUGUUUCGGCCCCUCGAAGCACCAUUGAGCAGUUUUUUACGCCGAGCAGCGGUGGGGACGGGUUGCCGCUGCUGGCUCGCUGCUAGGAGCCAUGGCGAACAUUGACCCCUAUCGGACGGAGGAGGAGCUGGUGGAGGAUGACGAGGAGGUCGACAUGUCGUUCCUGCCUCCCUUCGCGAAGGGGACGGAAAAUGAGGUUCUUUAUGUGGAGAACGCGAGAAUGGAGCGGAGGCUGGAGCGGACGGAACGUGCCUUGGAGACGAACAUGGACCGGCUGCACAUUAUGGACGAACACCUAAAGAAUGUGCAGCAGGAGCUGAAGUACACGCAAACUCGGGUGGAGGCGAAGAACAAGGAGAUUGAGAGUGAGAAGCACCUCAACGCCAUGGCUGAGCGGGAGAUGGGCCGGUUGAAAAAGGACAUCGGCAAGAUGGAGGCGGAGCGGCAGGAGCUGGCCGACAAGAUCAACGGGCUCCAAAACCAAAUCUACAAAAACAAUGAGAAGCUGGACCAGUUCAAAAUGCUCAUGAACUGGAAUCAGGAGGAGCUGGAGCAGUGGGCGCUGGCGGAGCGGCAGAAGGCGGAGGACAAUGCGGCUCUGGAGAAGUACCGGCACGCGGACGACGGCAAGGUGAAGGAGCUGACGCUGGCGUUGGAGCGCGUCAGCAAGCAGGUGGUGGGGCGCAAGGAGGAGCUGGAGGCGGAGGUGGUGGAGACGCAGGCGGCGCAGAUCCAGCUGGACAAGGCGGCGGAGGACUUUAGGAAGCUGCACGUGGAGCGCCAGGACCUCAUCCGCCAGUGGGAGGAGGCGGUGGAGGCGAUGCGGCACCGCGACGCCGCCAUCGCGGCCGCCAGCGAGCAGUUCGCGAUGCAGAAGGACGUGCUGCGAGAGCGCAAGCGCGAGCUGGACGCGCAGGCGCGCUUCCUGGAGAAUGAGACGCUCAACACCAAGGAGGCGGACGCGCGUGUGGCCUACUACGAGCGGGAGGUGGGCAAGCAGCGCGACGUGCUGGCGCGGGAGCAGGCGCGCACCGAGGAGCUAAACAACCAGGUGGAGCUGGUGAAGGCCACUCUGUCCAAGGCCGCCACAGAGCUGGCGCAGCGCACCGUGGAGAACAAGCAGGCGCGAGAGGACCUGGACGCAAAGCGGCAAAAGCUGGACGCAGCUCGCAAGCGGUUCGUGGUUCUGAAGCGCAAGCUGGAGAACGAGUUCGGCAACCUGGACAGCAUGGAGGCCAAGGCGUCAGAGCUGGAGGCGAUGCGGCGGGGCGAGGAGGCUCGUCUGAAGGCGAUCCUGAAGGAGCACGAGCUGUUGAAGAAGGAGCAGUACAAGCGCAGCCAGGUGCUGUUUGACCUCCGUCAGAAGGAGCGCGAGCUCAUCAGCGAGAUCAGCGGCGGCCAGGGCCAGAACAAGAACCUGGCUGCGCGCAUCCACGCGCUGGACGAGCAGGUGGUGCGGCAGCAGGAGCUGCUGUACAACGUGGAGUUCCAGCUGCAGCAGAUGGAGCGCAAGGUGGCCCGCGCCGGCGGCGUGCGCAGCGAGGAGGAGACCCGCGCCCUGAACGCGCGCAUUGAGAAGCUGACGGCCAUCCUGGAGGGCGUCAACGCAGAGUACUCCAUGCUGCUGGAGCAGGUUAAGCGCGCCGAGGACGACCUGCUCGCCGCCCGGCGCGCCAACACCAGCCUGCGGGCCGACCGGGCCAAGCUGGACGAGACCAUCUCCACACUCAAGCUGGAGAACGACAUGGUGUCGCGACAGGUCAAGGGCUCUGUUGAGGCCCGCGAGAAGGCGCUUGUGGACCACGACGUGCUGGCGCUGGAGGUGAAGCGGCUGCGCGACAUCCUGGCCGCCCACGCGGACGAGGUGUUCAGCCUGGAGAACCGCAAGCAGCAGCUGGCGCUGAGCAUGGAGGAGCGCAAGCAGGAGGUGGAGGUGCACAGGGACGGCCUGCGCGCCGAGCUGCGGCUGCUGCGCGAGGACGUGCACCGCAUCACGCUGGAGCUCAAGGAGCGGCUGCUGCGCUGCGAGAAGCUGCAGGCCAAAUUCGAGAUCAUAUCAGCCAAGCACCGCGGCAGCGGCGAGGACGACGGCGAGGAGCGGACGCAGGCCUACUACGUGAUCAAGGCGGCCCAGGAGCGCGAGGCGCUGCAGCGCGAGGGCGACGACCUGGACGGCCGCAUCCGCGUGGCGGAGAAGGAGGUGGCGGCGCUGGAGGCCACCCUGGCGCAGCUCAUGGCUGUGAACACCAACUUCGCAGCCUCCUACAAAAAGGUGGGCAGCAAGGAGGCGUUCGAGGAGCGCGCCGCGCUGCGCGACAAGCUGGACAAGGCCUACGACAAGCUCAAGGCGCGGCGGGCCGACGAGGCAGCCAUCGCCGGAGACAUCCAGGUGUCGGAGGCGCGCCUUUCCAACCUGGGCCAGGAGCAGCGCAGCCUGCAGGCGCUGGUCGACGACAUGACGCGGCGCAAGGCCGAGGCGCAGCGCCAGCUGGACGAGCAGCGCGAGAAGCUGGGCCGUGCGCUGGGCCGCACCGACAAGCUGCGGCAGAAGCUGGGGCUGGCCAACUCGCCGCAGGGCGCCGACGUGGAGCUGGCGGAGGUGCGCGACGUGACGCGCGCGAUGCUGCUGGAGCUGAAGGCGCUGGCACUGGCCAACCCUGGGGCCAUGAUUGCGGAGGCGUGCGAGGCGGCGGGCAUUCGGCUGCCCUCGGGUGGCAGCAACCCGCCCAGCCUGGGCGGCAGCCGGCCGGGCAGCGCGCGCAGCCAGACCAGCCUGGGGAGUGUGCGUAGCGCGCGGAGCGUUGCGAGCCAGCAGCGGGGAGGCAUGGGCGGCUCGCCGGCUGUGCGGACGAUCCAGCUGGGGGCGUGAGCGCGGCGCUGCGCAGGGUUGCGGGGGGUGGGGUGGGCUGGUGAGCAAGCACUGCAGGGGGGUAUUUGUGACUUGACUUGUCGUGAUGGUGGUGGUCUUGACGUGAAUAAGGCUUUCGGCACAAGACGUGACCAGUUUCAUUGACAUAGUGAAACACCGUGACCGGCCUGGCUUGACGCCGUGAGGCCAGCCAGCUGACUUAAAUGUAGGUGUGGUGUCUGCGGGGGUAGCUAUUGGGGGUGCAGCUUGGGUAGAUUCAUGACCGCAACAAACGUGACCAGCGAGCAUUUCAUUUAGGUAGGCUGUAUUCGGCAGGGUGCGUGCGUGUCCUCCUUCCUCGUGGUGUGAUAGUUCGUGUCUGACAACUGGCCUGUGGAUGGGGACCGCGGGCGGCACCCCAUCACCCACCGGUUUGUCGACGGAGGACCGAUGCGGCGGUCAGAAACGUUCAGCGCUGAAGUUGGUGGUUACUGGCGGACGGAACGCGGUGUGCUGCCCCCAAGCAGGCUGCGGGGGGCAGCAACCAAUGAAAGAUCAGGAUGUCUGCCUGGCUCCUCUCGGUCCCUC